AACUUUGGAUUAAUUGUGGAAAAGCCGAAAAAAAAAUGGAAGGUACAAGAAUAAAAAAACCAUAUUAUUAUUUUCCACCACUUUCUAAAAGAUUUUCUUUUGGAGCAAUACCAUUAGCAUCUAUUGAUGAAUUAACUCAUUCAUUCAAUGAGCGGUUAAAAAUGAAUAUUGAUAUUGAAAAUGAAUUUGAUCAAAUACAUGUUUUAUCUUCUGAAGAUGAUAAUUCACUUGAUCAAGCAGAAAUUAUUAAAGAAAAUAAUGACAUUGAUAGAGAAUUGGCAGAUAAAAUUACAG